UGUCGCCUUAGAGGCGCUGUUAUUGUUCGUCUGUUGAGUCUUCAGUUUGUCUAAUGAACCGAGGUGGGACGAGAAGCGGGAGAGGGCAUGAGAGGAAGAGCCGGAGAUCAUGUUGAGGUCCACCGGCUUCUUCCGAGGGAUCGACUGUCCGUUUUACUCGGACUACAGCGGCGGUAAAAACGGCUGUAACCGACCGUACUGUCACUUCAGGCACAGCCAGCAGCGACGCUCGUCUCACGGAGCUCCGGYAGACGUGAAGCGGCAGAAAGACGUCCAGUUCGGACAAAAAGAACAAGGCUACGACCCCUUCAACCCAGAGGUGGUGAGAGCCCCGGAGCAGCAGAAUGGAGACCUCAGCGGCGCUUUGGAGCUCGUCAACAAGGCCAUCGAGGAGGUCCGCAGCGAGGUGGAGAGAGAGAAGAAGAAGCUCUCUCGCAUCGGGGAUGAACCGUACAGUCCCACUGAGAGCGCCGGCUUGUCUUCCUCCGAUGUUACUAAAAGCAGAGCGGCGGGUUUGCACUUGGCGUACGAUCCCGGGAGUUAUCAGAUCACAUCGGGAGGGUAUAAUCUCACUCCUGGCUGCAGCAAGUACACCCUGGAUUCAGACGUCCGGGGGCACAACAGCAACUCGAUGGAAUACGUUCCCACRUCGCUGAAAAGGCCUUUUUCUCAGGCAGAGCCGCCGCAGCCUCCCUCUCCUCCGCCCAGCCCAAAGUAUUCAAACAGCAGGUCCUUUAAGUACACUGUGGAUAAUUCCAGACCCUCUACAGACUUGGAGUACGAUCCGCUGUCCAACUAUUCGGCUGGCAUCGCRGACAAGAGCAAAAAGGACGAGGGUGCCUCCGUUCAGACAGAUUACGGCAAAGCUCGCACACUCUCUGGGACCGUUUCGUCAGACGAGGGCUGCGCCGCGGCUUCGAAAAAGCCUCCGCAGCCCAGUCAAGACGCGAAGAAGUACACGAUCUCUGACUCUGACGGAGAGAGUUCUGGGAUGGAGUACCGACCGACGUCUCUUAGCAGUCUCCAGCAAAAGAAAGCCAACGCUGGAUCAGCUAAGGAUGCUUUUAGAAAAGACAGGACUGAGCACAGGUUAAGUGCUUUAACGCAGAAGAGAAGAGAGGCCGUGGACGAGGACUCGGGCGUUCAGGAAAGUGUAAAACAAAAAGACAUCCCAGACAAAAAGAAGGCGGCAGACCSGACCGGUCGCGAGAAAAGUAGCAAAUCUGAGAAGGUGCGCAAACCUGAGAAGGAAKCUGGCAAAUCAUCCGGUCAGAAAAGCAGCAGCAGCAGCAGCAAAAGCAGUAUUAGUAAAGACAAAGUGUCAAUACAGAACUCAAACCAAGACUGUUUGAAGAAAGAGAACAAGAGUCACGGGAAGAAAGACGACGGUAGAAACACAGCCAAGAUAAAAGCAUCGGAUAAAAUUCAGAGGGAAGGCAGAGACGAAAAGAGAAGCGAUGGUAAGAUCAAGACCGCCGAAAAAACUAAAAGAGAACCGAGCAAACCAGGUAAAGACGCGCCGGAGAGCAAAAAACUCAAAACAUCAGACCGAGAAAAAGACAAAGAGCACAGCAAGCAUAAAGACCGCCCGCAUAAGAACGGAAAACUCGACAGUAAAAGAGAAAAAGACGUAAAGAAAGUGAGCAAGCACGGUUCCAGCGGCAGYAAAGGCAGUUCAGCAAACAGUAAGGAUAAAGUGAAGCUAAAAAGCAGCUCGUCGUGUGAAAAGAGGCUCGAGAACAAAAAGAGUCUGAGUUUGAGCCACGCGGAUCUGUUCGGAGACGAGAGUCCAGACGAGGCCGAGCCGUUCGUGGAGGACGAGGACGACGAAGCAGAGGAGGUCCUGGUGAGGAAAUCGGCCGACGCGUUGAAGAGGGGGCGCCUGAACAAAAGGAAGGCUUCGGAGCGCUCGCAGUCUUCCUCUGAGGAGGAGGAUGACCACAGCGUGGAGGGCAACAAGACAGGUUGGGAGAGGGCCGAUGGCCCCGAAAUCGACUUCUCCAGGUUCCAGGAUGAUCUGGACUUUGACUCAGAUCCCAUGGAGGAAUGUCUUAGGAUCUUCAACGAAUCCAAAGACGUGAAGAAGGAAGACAAAGGAAGGCAAGCCAAGCAGCCUUCAAGAGAUUCAGAGGAGGAGAAAAUCUCAGAGAACACUUUAAGCACUCUCUUCCCUGGUCAGAAGAAGAGAGUGUCYCAUUUUGUUGCCAAAGGAAAUACUGAUGCACCUAAAAAGACUGUGGUGACGCCGUAUAAGAGACCCACCCCUCAGGAGAUCUGCUUUAAGCGUAUGCAGAUCGCCCAGGAGCAAGCGGCUCAGCUUUCCGCUGCCGUCAAAGCUGCCUCGCAGACCUCCAGCCCCGGCGUUUCCCGAGAGAAGAAGAGAAUAGCUCACCGGCCGAACCCACAGACGACCUCUUCAAAGACAAGUCCUGCACACGAUAAACCAGCUUCCAGUGGAGUUUUAUCCUCCAGUAGGAGCCUUCAGGGCGUCAGGACCCAAACCACAGCUGGAAUUCUGUCCAAGACUUCAUCUACGGCCACGCAGAAGAGGAUGGCGCACACACCCACCAUGAAGAGCACUUCGAUGAAGCGUCCGGUCAUCCCYGUAGAGUUUGGGGCAAAAGUUCCCACCAACGUCCGCCAGCGCUACCUCAACACCUUCAUAGACGAAUGUGUCAAAUUUUGUUCAUCGGAGGACGCUGCCUUCCACAUGGCUCUCGACGAGGAGAAGCUGGUGUAUGAGCGCAGCAGCAGCAAGAACAUCUACCUCAACGUAGCCGUCAACACGCUGAAGAAGCUCCGAGGCAGAAGCUGCGCCUCCUCGUCGCCUGCAAAAAAAGAAUCUGGGUCAACAGCUCAAAGGAAGCCCCAGUCCCACGAGGAAGUCCUGGGCGGUCGCCUCGCCGCCACGACCAGCUUCACUGUCAACAGGUCGGGUAAACAGCAGGAGGAGAGGCUGGUUGGAGCGGCUCUGUACAGGAAGCUGAAGGCGUACCUGAUGACGGAGGAGCAGCUCCAGGAGCACGGAUACCCACGGUUAAACCCCGGGGUCUCCGGAAAGGCCGUCAUUUACAACCUACCAGAGAAAAAAAUCAUCCCAGACCCAUUCACCAAAAUCUGCUGUCGCUGCGGCGCAGAGUAUAAGAUCAACGUAAACGGCAGCUGUGUGCGUAGAGAGGAAUGUAGCUUCCACUGGGGGCGUCUACGCAGACAUAAAGUUGCCGGAGGCUGGGAGACGACGUACAGCUGCUGCUCCACAGCUGUUGGAGCUCCAGGAUGUCAAAUCUCAAAGCAACACGUUCAGGACGCCCGAAAAGAGUCACUCGAUGGUUUYGUGUCGACGUUCAGCAAACCGCUUCCACCUGACGGAAACGGCGGGGUGUUUGCUCUGGACUGCGAGAUGUGCUACACAAAGCAGGGUCUGGAACUGACGCGAGUCACCGUCAUCGACUCGGAGAUGAAAGUCAUCUACGACACGUUCGUCAAGCCAGAGAGCAAGGUGGUCGACUACAACACGCGGUUUUCGGGCGUGACGGAGGAAGACCUGGAGAGCGCCACCAUCACCCUGAGAGACGUUCAGGCCGUGCUGCUCAGCAUGUUCAGGGCGGAGUCCAUCCUCAUCGGACACAGUCUGGAGAGCGACCUCCUCGCUCUGAAGCUCAUCCACAGUUCGGUCGUAGACACGUCCGUGGUGUUUCCUCACCGCCUUGGUUUGCCCUACAAACGUGCCUUGAAGAACCUGAUGGCCGAUUACCUCAAACGCAUCAUCCAGGACAACGUGGAGGGCCACGACUCAAGCGAGGAUGCGUCAGCCUGCAUGGAGCUGAUGAUCUGGAAGAUCAAGGAGGACGCAAAGGUCAAGAGAUGACCCCCGGCCCCUCCCACUGUGCGUUGAUCAGUUUAACCUCCCGCCUUCAGGAGGCAAGCGGGAGGCGGGGUUUAGAGGGACGUCCGCGUCGUUACACUGUGUUCAAAAAGAGCCGUCGGCACCUUCGAAGCAAUAGGAAACACAAAACUUAACACCAUUUUCAUUUUACUUGUUGAUACUUCAGUUUAUUAUGUUAGCUUAAAAGUAUUUGUUUAUUUGAAGCAGGGUUCAUAUUUUUUUAAGGCCUCACGUGAAUGAAACCUUUGUAUGGAAGAACUUGAAAAGCAGGGGCAUUGUUGCUGAGCAGAUGAAUAUAAAUUUUUAUUGGACUGCGUCUCCGGUCUGACUUGCACUAUAUUAAAAUGCUCUUGUUGUACAGGGCCCAAAUUUGAGUACCUCAUGUUUGUUGUAAUACAUUCACUUCUGGUAAAAAAAAAAAAAAAGAAAAAGAAAAAGAAAAAAAAAGCAAACCUGUUGUUAUUACUACCUACUUACACAUAAGUGCAUUGACGUCUUAGUCUGUAGCUUUUUUUUUUUGUUUUUUUUUUUUACUUGCACAUCUUUUCUUGUCCCUGGUGUGGCACUUCUUAAUAAAUGAGCAGAAUCACCCCUCAGCAGAAAUGCACAGCCUCUGCUGCUGAUUGAUUUAUUGAUGUCCAUCAUACAUGCAGGAUAAACGUUACAACUAGUGUCUCUGUUAUGUGACAUGCAUGGAAACAAAACACAGGCAUAUAUUUACCGUUUAAAAGAAAAGUCCAAAUUAGUGUCGUUUAAUUAGAUCUGGAUUGCUAAUUAACAGUCAUCAGCUAUAACCUGCAGCUUUUUUUUUUUUGAUAGUGACUGAAAAUCUGCCACAGACCUGUAAAUGAGCUGUAAAGAGUUUUCUUUGUACAGUAUUUGUCAAUUCUUUGGUUGUUUAUCUUUUUUUUAUUAAAAAGUACUACUUUAUGA